UGGGUCUGCUGUACUGCUGAAAUUCACAAACUGGUGAAUUGUUUCUGUUUUUGCUGCGAACUCCUUUGGUGAUGAGUGUCAUUACAGUCCAGAGUGUGAAAAUGGUGACAGCCAACAUGUUACUGAGCGUCUUCUUUCUUUCAGGUGCUUUGGCUGCUUGUCCUGUUAAACCAGACCUUUUCAUCACUGCACCAGAGCAGAUGGGAGCACUAAGUGGAUCUUGUCUGCAGAUCCCAUGUAACUAUAGAGUUAAAUCAGAAAAGAAAUUCAGCAGCACAAGAACAACCUUUGGAGUGUGGAUUAAAAGUGACAACCGAUUUGCCGAGUUUCCAGAAAAUGUGAUUUUCAACAGCAGCAAGAUGAUUAACAUCUAUCCAAUGAGGCUGACUGGAGACCUGAGUGAUAAAAACUGCACCACUUUAUUUUCCAGUUUAAUCACUAAUUACACAGACACAAACUACUUCAGGAUUGAUGGCUCGUCAUACGAGGCAACAGCUGUUUGUGACCCUCUUAAAAUAAAAGUUAAAGAUUCUGCUCCGAGGCCCAGGAUUGAGAUCUCAGGUGGUGUGAAUGAUCUGAAGGAGAAGCAGUCUGUCACUAUAACCUGCUCAGCUUUCACUCCCUGUCCACACUCCCCUCCUAAACUCACCUGGACGCUCCAACAAGACCCUCACAACAUCAUAGAGCAAGACACAGAUGGAACCUUUACAACUAAAAUCCAGGAGACCAUCACUCUGUCAGACACACAUGAUGGACUCACCAUCAGCUGUUCUGCAGGAUAUCCUGUGAAUGAAGGAAAAGAUGUGAAGACAGCAGCAGCAGAAAAAAUCACUCUCAGUGUUUCAUAUGCUCCCAGGAACACCUCAGUGUCCGUCAGUCCAUCAGGUUUGGUGUUAGCAGGUAGCUGGGUGAACCUGACCUGCUCCAGCAGAGCCAAACCUCCCGUCAGCCGCUUCACCUGGUUCAAGAACAGCAAAGAUGGAGCCAUCAGUGUAGCUGAAGGAGACUUUUACAGCAUCUUGGUGACCAGUGUGACAGAUAUAAAAGAUUAUUGUUGUGUGGCUGCAAAUGAUCUCGGUAUCCAGAUGUCAUCAUGGACUAAUUUUGAAGAUCAUCCAGAGUUUGGGGUUGGUGUGAACGUUACAGUGAAGAUCCUGGGAAUCGUGGCGCUCUACAGUACAUUCAUCAUCUUUGAGUGCUGGUUUAGAUCAAGAUGCUGCAACAAACCAGAGAAGGAAGCAGAAGAAGCAGACUACGUCAACAGACUGAUUGAGAUUCAAGCAUCAUGAAGGAGAAG